GGACUGCAUAUAAUAUGAAGCAUUUCUUUAUUAUAUUUUGUAAAAGCCAGGGUCAACCAGUUAUUAAUCAAAAAACAUGCAAAAGAAAAUUUUAUAUGCUACAGAAUAUUACCCCAAUUAACUUUACAGCAUCGGCAUAAAUAACUGAGAUCCUAAUAGUAGAAACCACAGAGGACCCCAGAACAAAUUUAUCUCCAUGAAAGCUCCACCUAAACCGAUUCCACUUUGCAUUGCUCUUUACAAUUAUGCUAAGGAAUGCAUAGAGCCUCUGGCUGUUCACUAGAGUCAUCUGCCAAAACCUUCUGGUAAAUGGAAUGCAUUACUCAAGAAGUUGUCAUUAUGAAUUUGAUUUACUGUUACAUUAUCCCCUUUAGAAAACUAAUUUUAUAUUAGGGUAACUGCGUCUGGCGGGGUUAUACAGGGCUGUGUCUCGUGUUGAAAAAAAAAAAUCCUGAUGAAGAAGACGAGGUAGAGAAAAAGUCAUGUUCACCCGCCCUCACUAUUUCUGUCUCUCAGUCAGAUGAGGUCAUCAAACACCAACCUGCUUUGUAUAUUAACAGUGUAACAGCCCAGGAUUGUGGGACACUCCGUCCCUAGAGACUUGCUUGGCUGGUGGCAGAGGAAGACAUCAAUUUGAUUUAAGAGAGCGAUAACACCCCUGAUACAACUGUGACAAAACCUAGAUAGGUAGCAUGAGAGGAGAUAGUGAGGGAGUGUAGACACCAGCAGAGAGGAGAAGUAAGGAGAGGAGGCACUGUGCCUUUAAAACACAAAGCUCCUCCUCCACAGAGCCGAGCAGAACAGCCGAGUGGGGCUGGUAGGAGCCUGACCCCCAUGAUAAACUCUGGCAUCAGCUUCCCUUCAUCCGGCAGUCAGCGAGGACACAGUGAGGGCACAGGGGCAGAGAGAUGGGGUUGGAGAAAGAGAAAGAGUGACAGAAAGGGAGGAGAGAGAGAUAAAACCAGGCAGAUAUAGAGGAAGAGGCUUGUCAUAAGAAUCACACAGCUCCUUUUUCACAGCAGUAGCUCAGCCACUCUGUCUCCUGCUUCCUGAUGCAGGUGAAUGCUGACAGGGGAUGACGGCUGGUGUGGCUUCGGAAGCGCAGUUGUCUGAGUGAUGGUAUCCGCCGUGGCUGUAUCACAAUUCGAAGCAGGAGCUCUCCUCGCUGCUCUGAUUCUUAGUCAUCUUCAUUCUUCUCUCUCCCUUCUCCAAGUGCUAUCAGGGCCAUUCAUUGUUCCCACCUCAUGCCUCCUGCCUCCUCCUCCUCCACAGCUUCAUCCUCCACUUCUACUCCUCCUCUGAUGAGCCACAGUCUCAGAGUGAAAUAACCCUGCUGAGAGAAGCUUCUCUCUCUGUCAAGACAGUGCCAUGUGUGAUUGGCCAGUGCACCCCAUGGCUGUGGCAUCACCCUGGAUUUGGCCAGAAGCUGCUCAUUCUCUGGGGCUCCUCUGGGAAGCUUUCAUGGGAUUUAUCUUGUCCUGCGGGGUGGCACGUACCUCCCUGCCUCUCUGAAAAGGGUCCACUGAGAAAACCUACACUACAUGGAUAACAAGUAAAAUAAUUAUCAAAUCACAGCACAAGGAGGCAGACCAGGUUCCCCUAGCAACAACUGAAGGAAAGAAGAGAAUCCCUUUUCUCUUUCUGCUCCCUUGGUUUUUGGGCACACCCCUGUGGACAGCUGUGGGUCAGUGUUUUGUGAGAAGACGUGGAGAGUGCUGCUGCAUAAGACAAGCUGCCACCCAAAUUCACAGGGGUAGGUACUUGUUUGCCUUCCAGCCCCCUUGUAACUGUGUCUCAUCAACACCAUGAUUGUUUUUUUUCUCCACAAAUUCUCAUCACCAUCAUUAAGUUUUGCUGGCUUAGAAAUCAGUUCGUUGUGAUCUCACACCACCUGGAAUAAGCCCUGAUUUUGCGGGUAGACUGGAUACACUGUGCAAAGACUCACACCUACUUUGCUGCAUUUCAUGGACAAGUCAUCACCUGUAAAGAAAAUGGAAAAUCAAAGUUUAUUUUGAUGUGAGUUUCUUUUGAGAAUUUUAUUUUUACUGGAGAAGAAACAACACACUGCACAGAGGAAUAUCCCCUUCUAAAACAGGAGCUGUCCUUUCCCUCAUUAAAGACAGUAGGCCUGUAUGAGAGACUAUAUUUUGAAGGCAAGUCUUAUCCCCACCGGUCUCCAGUAAUGUAGAACAAAAUAAUUUUGAAAAUUGAGCCACUGCUGGGAAUUCUAUUUUUCUAUUUAUGUUAUAUAGCUUACUCUGUAAAAGAGUACUGCUUUCACUUUUGUAUGUUGGUCUUUAUGUCACUGUGUUUCCCAAGUGAAAAAGACUGUACAGGACAAGUGAACGAAGGGAAAAGUCCCAUGCCUGUAUAGGCAGGCGUUUUAAAUAGCAGCUCCUCUGGAACAGUUUCAAACAUACACAGUGACACAUGAAAUGAGCUGGCUCAACGUGAUUAUGUAAGAGUUUCAUACCAGCUUUAGCCUGUGUAUUUUGCCUCUUCGUUUUUUAUGGAUUUACUGCAUUUGCUCAUUUCCUCCUCAUUUUUGGAAGCAUCUACCAGAAGGCAUGGAUGUCAGAGUGUGACUCUGUGCCGAUUGAGCGGGCGAGGCAAGGUGUUUUGGCUGCCCAGGUGCUUUUAAGAUGUUGAGGUCUCCCUGCGUGGCCGGGGCCCCUGUUCGGAUCAGUAGCACUGCGGCUCCUUGUAGCCAAAGACAUGGACCCCGACUCGGCUCCCCCACGCCCUCAGCCUGUUGGCCACUGGCCCCACAUCACCCUGUGAAGGAUGUCCCUCAGCAGAGCUCCGGCCCAGGACACCUCUGAGACCCCCAGCCCGAGAGAACGUAUCCGCAGCCACAUGAAGAUGGUGAUUGACCAGCUAGAAGGCAUUCUCAAAGAGCUCAAGGAUGUGGCCAAGGAACUCCGGGAGGUGGUGGGUGAGAUCGAUAAACUAACAUCCGACUUUGACUUUGACCUGGAGCCAGAUGACUGGACAGUGGCCACAGCCAGCAGCACAUCCAGUAGUGAGCGGGGCUUGGGAGAGGCCUUCAGGCUGGACUUCCUCAAUGCAGAUGUGCUUUCAGAUAGCUGGGAGUUCUGCAGCUACCUGGAGGCAGCUGGCGCAGCUGCCCGCAGAUCUGGUGAGCAGCCAGGAGAUCUACGAUCACAGCUGGGCCGCGGGACAAUCCCUACCCAGACGCAGACCCCCACCCCGCCCCCCACCACUGCCUCCGUCUACUCCCAGAUGAAUGGUGGGCUGCCUAUUCCCAAUGGGCCCCGUAUUAUUACUCCAGAUUCAUCCAGCGAAGAGGCCAGCAGCUCCACGCACAGCCACAAGACUUCCCGUACCUCUGGCACAAGAGAAAGAGUGCGCUUCAGUGACAAAAUUCUGUACCAUGCAUUGUGCUGUGAUGACGAUGAGGAGGAGGAGGAAGAGGAGGAGGAAGAGGAGGAGGAGCAAGAGGAAUUGCAGGAGGACAAGAGUGGCUGUGCUACACCAGACAGCGAUACUGAAUCAAGUCUUCUGGCCAGCUCAAUCACACCCAAAUGUUCUUCCUCUGAGCACUCACUCCUCCAUAACUGUCUGGACCCUUCUUACAUCUCCUCACCAGUGAAGGGGUUGACAGGAGGUCACACACUACCCAGGAAAGGUCUCUUAAACCCCGGCUGCCGCAAAAAACUGUUACGAAAUAGCAGCACACAAACUGUCUCUGACAAGAGCACCCAAACUGUACUGCCCUAUAUUCCAGCCAAACAGAAAACAAAGGACCACUGAAAAAGCCCUAAGUUUAUCAUAAAUUUCAUGAAGAGAACUGUGCAUUAUUUAAUAUUAAAUACAUAGCUCAUAGAUUAAUACACAAAUAAAUUAAUUACUAAAUAAAUAAAUGAUAUAUGGGAAAAUCACUCGACUACCUAAAGUCAUUCUGAGGCUCAGGGAAACACAAUGACAUGAAGCAAAGCAGAUCAUUAAAAUGAAAGUUAGUGGUCGACCAAAAGGUUAGUGCCUGUUAAAAUAUACAAAUAUGAAUUGGUUCCAUAUUUGUAAUAAUUUGAAACACUGACAAGGAUUACAAAAGCAAUCAUUUUUACUGGAAAAUUGUAAGUGUUCAAAUUUAGAAGUGGAGUAUGAAGAAUAUGAAGAGGUCCCUUCACCUGUUCAUACAAUAGUAUAAGUCACAAAAAAAGGAAGAAAAUGCUUGUUUAUUUGUGUGGAUACAAAACAAUGCACAUUCUGUAUUCUGAAUCUGUAUAAACAUUGUCUUUUUUUCAUGUUCCAGUUAUUUCAAAUGCCAAGCGGAUUAUUGCUUUCAGCUGAGAAAUGUAUCUAGAUCGACAUGUCAAGCCUCUUCAACAGAGCUUUGAGCAGAGCCAGAAAACACUAUUUACCUGCACUUGAUUUUAUAAAUCUUCUAAAUAUGAUCUCUUCUCGGUCUGCUGCAAAGGCUGGAACAGAAGAGCGGAAGGCAUAAAAACACAUACAUAAAGUAAGUUGAGAAUGUGCUGUCUACAAAAGUGACAAUUUCCAAUUUUUCUCUUCCUCCGUGCUUAGUGACAUCAUUAAGCUUAGGAUCUGAGUUAAAGACUAGUUCACUAAAAAGUGCUAAAGGUUUUGUCAUUCCAUUCUGUCACCCAGUGGGGAGCUGAAUUCAGCAGAACAGCAUUUUAUUCACAGGGCUAAUGCCAAUAGCCGUUCCUGAUCAAUAUGUUAGAGGGAGGCUGCAGUGAGAUGUUGCUCUGCUGAGCAUGCAUGCCACUCUCCUGGGGAUCUUUGAACAAAAACUCACAGUCAGACCUAUUUACUUACACUGAGUGCAAGAAAAAUUAGAACUGUGGCCUUAAAGAACUGACAUUUCAAAAAAUGUGUGUCCAGGAGUGAAAGCUGAUGGUGGAAAAAGAGUGUGUUCCUGUUCAAAGAUUUUUUUUUAACCAAGCAAUAAUCUACCCUGGGGAAUGGCUUUGUUAGUCUACUCCCCUGGUCCCUUCAUCCUUACUUUCCUAAUAGUGUGUUUUCCAGUAAAAUGCAUGAAGCUGGCCUUUGUGCCUCUGAUCACCUAGUGUGACCUUAACCUUCCCCAGUAGGGUGAAAUGGUCGAAACAACUUAUUUAUUCACACAGAAAGAUACUCUUUCUCUACUCUACAAACAUAUGUGCUUCCUUGCUUGGUAAGGGAGUUUGAUGAAUUAGUUGAUGUGAUGCAACGGUGAAGCAGAUACAACGGCUGAACACUGAAAUGUUCUGACAUCCAUAUCUCCACACAUGCACAAGCUAGGCGUUUUAACCAUCAUGUUUUAACCUACAAAUCAUAGGCUUUUUGUUGCUGGAAGUACUUUUUAUGUAAUUGUCUUUCUUUUUAUUGCAACCAACAAGUCAACAUAUUGGUCAGCAUACAGUAUUUUACCAAAUUUGUGUAGAAAAGCCAGGUUCAGUCAACAGAAACGUUCUCAGAUGACCUACAACUGGUCAAAGCAAUUUAUUGGGAUCAACAACCAUAACUUUAUUAGUAUAAUUCAUGCUAUUGUAUCCCAGCAUAUACUGAAAGAUAUCCACUUACAGCAUUAUAAGGUAACAUUUUAAAAACCAUUUAAAUCUCACUGUGGUGCACUUGUAGGUUUUACAGUUUUGACAGACUGACAAAGGCAAUCAUAGCUGCUAAGCUAAAAUAAGCUUUGGUAUUGAACAAAUUGCAAAUUUUAGUGAUUUUCUCAUGUCAGCAUUGCUAGCCUGGAUAAACUUUUUCAGUGAUUCUCCACUUCAGUCAUGCUCUGGAAUGUGCCCGGUCAUCUACUACAGCACUAUAUAUUAUUAGGUGUCCUGGAGAAUCCAUUCCAGCCCACCCCUUUGUUGUUGUUUGUGCAUGUAUAACAGUUAUUGCAAAGUGCACUGCUUAGGGGAAUUACAGCUGUGCUGUUUAGGCAGCAUCAAAUCUCAAGAGCCCAAUAUAAGGAAGCAGAGUGAGCACUUUUACACCAGGCAGCCUGGUAUAAGUUGCACAAGCAUCAAUUAGCCUGAAGUUGAUGUGCUAUACAUGGAUUUAGCAGAGGUAAUUUGGUGAUAUUUAUUUUGUUCUAGUUUUUGUAACAUUUUAUUUUGUCUUGCUCUGGCCCAGUUAAUUCCAUAUACAGUACCUAUGAAGAAAAUGGCACUGAAGAAAGAUCAAUGGCUCACUCCCCAAAGCACUGGCUGCCAUUUUCCUACUAGUCUGGGGUCCAACAGGUCAUCAUAGCCAUUAGUGUAAACAAAUAAAGCUAUAUGGCCACAAAAACAAAGCAUAAAUUACAAGAAAACAAACUAAGUCCUUAUGUGAUGUCUAUAUACCCAGUAGACAUUUCAAUGUGAAAUGUUGUUUUUUGUUGUUGUUGUUGUCGUUCCUUUUCUAGUCUAAAGAUUUUAUGUCAUAUUUGUGCAUGAAGUCACCUCUCCAAAGGGAGGCGACAGUGGUGCGGUG